GGGGGCAGGGGCCGCUGGGGGGAGCUGCCCGCCUCGGCCGGGAGCCUGAACGACGUGUCCAGCGCCAGGGGCCGGGAGCAGGACUCGGGCAGGAAACCCCGACUGACAAGAACUCAAAGUGCCUUUUCUCCGGUUGCUUUCAGCCCUCUCUUCACAGGGGAAACUGUGUCACUCGUGGAUGUGGACAUCUCCCAGCGAGGACUGACCUCCCCUCACCCUCCGACGCCUCCGCCUCCGCCCCGGAGAAGCCUCAGCCUUCUAGAUGAUAUCUGUGGAACGCUGCCUACGUCCGUUCUAGUGGGUCCGAUGGGGUCCUCCCUGCAGUCUUUCCCUCUGCCUCCGCCGCCUCCACCCCACGCUCCAGAUGCGUUUCCCCGCAUUGUCCCGUUCAGAGCGAUGGAGGCAGCGAACGGCCAGACCACCCAGCAUCUUCCGUGUCCUCUCUACCGACCAGACUCGAGCAGCUUUGCAGCGAGCCUGCGAGAACUGGAAAAGUGUGGUUGGUACUGGGGACCGAUGAACUGGGAAGACGCCGAGAUGAAGCUCAAGGGGAAACCAGACGGAUCCUUCCUGGUACGCGACAGUUCCGACCCGCGUUACAUCCUGAGCUUAAGCUUCCGGUCCCAAGGGAUCACCCACCACACCAGAAUGGAGCACUACCGAGGAACCUUCAGUCUCUGGUGUCACCCCAAAUUUGAGGACCGCUGCCAGUCCGUGGUGGAGUUCAUAAAGAGAGCCAUCAUGCACUCCAAGAACGGGAAGUUCCUUUACUUCCUGCGCUCCAGAGUUCCAGGUCUCCCUCCGACGCCCGUCCAGCUGCUGUAUCCGGUCUCCAGGUUCAGCAACGUCAAAUCCCUCCAGCACCUUUGCCGGUUCCGGAUCAGGCAGCUUGUCCGCGUAGACCACAUUCCAGAGCUCCCGCUGCCCAAGCCUCUGAUCUCCUACAUCCGGAAGUUUUAUUACUACGACCCCCAGGAGGAGGUGUACCUGUCGCUGAAGGAAGCUCAGCUGAUUUCCAAACAGAAGCAGGACGCUGAACCCUUGACGUAGCCAGGCUGCCUUGCUCACGUUGUCGCUGUCACGGACGGAAUUGGCUUGCUGAGAUCCUGCAGCAAGGAGCCCAAGCAAAGCUGCGGCAGACGGAGGCCGAGAAGGGUGAGCCCUGCCUCUUCAGUGACUUCUGCUUGCCAUCUCUUUUGUCCUCGGAGGAGGAUUCGGGGUUCCUGAGAAGCACAGCAGACUGGCAAUUGGAGCGGCAGCUCCUGGCUUCGGGUAGGGCCUUGGCCAGCAAGCGCCCGGGAUCCCAGACUCCACGCAGAACGGAGAACGUCAUGGCACUAUUUACGUUUUACGUUUUUAUCUU